CAAUUGGAGACAUCAAAGGGGUCCCUCCCACCCUUAUUAGCUCAAUGGGACAAAAAGAACCCAUCCCCCUCUUCCUUCAUCAUUGUACUCGACCAAAGCACCAAGGAGAGGCAAGAGAGAGCUCUCAAACUAGCUUCCAUUGCUGCAGCACGAGCUCAAGGAAAAAGGGGUCCAAAGGAGAGGAUUAAAGAGGGAAAAAGUGGGGAAAAGUGUGAAUAAUUAAGGCACUUGUAAAGGGUAUUUCAAGUGAUUUCACAAAGUUGGAAAAAGUCGCCGGAGUUGUCGCCGGAGUUGACCAAGUCGCCGGAGUUUCACCGGAGUUCAACCAAGAAGGGUAGAACUUCUUAACGCUAGUUCAAGGUUGAAGCUAGAGCUUGCUACUUGCACCUUCUCACGGGUGAUAUCAAAUCAGGAAGACGUGGUUCGUGCUUCCUUAUUUUCUUUCAAACUACCGAACACUUGCUCAUGGAUAUUUGUUUUACUAUAAACUAUUUUUGGGGCUUGCAUGCCCAUGUUGUUGGCCGGUUGUGGCCCAUGACUUACCGUUGAAUAUUUCCGCUAUUCAUUGGUUUAAAUGUGAUGUUGUUAUGUAUGUUUACUACUGAGUAUGGAUGGAUUGUUUUCUCGAACGCCUUGUGUAAUUAAGUGAGGUUGACUCGUGGGUGACGUCACUUGGUUAUACGGCGGUUGUACACGCGCUUGGAUUACGGUCUGGGGCGUGACAAUUAAGUGGUAUCAGAGCCAUCUCAGUUCUAAACUAUAUAAUCAACCUCUCACAAAGGGUUUUACAAAAGAAUUCUUACCGAAAACCAUGAGCAUUGUAUUUUGACGUUUACAGGACUAUUGGUGCUUAAAGUUGCAAGGCCUCUAAUUGUUAAGACGGUACCCUUAACAAUUGGUAUGGUAGUGACUGGGGCCAAUACGUGUCUGUAACGUUUUUCCGUCAAUUGACAUUUAUAGGAGUCUAAUGACUCAUCCAUAUUUCUUUCAGAAAUGGAGGGCAGGCGAAUGAGGACCAGGAACAAUCCGAGGGGGCAGGCGCCGGUAGCAUCCCAAAGGGGAAGCCGGGCUGCAUCUCGGGGUUCAAGAGGAGGCCGUGGAGGCCGUGGGAGCCGUGGAGGUCAUCAAGCUCAAACUGUGAGCGAUGGCCAUGUAAGCUCGGUGUAUGAAACCAACACCGAGGACUAUGACUCAACCUAUGUUCCUGAAAUGGAGCAUGAGGAGACCCCAUAUGAUGGGGGUGACACAUACACCGAUGAUGAUGAUGAAGAGAGUGAUGCCAAGUUCGCCCAAAUGGGCGAAUUGCUUGAGUGGUAUCAAAAAGAAAAACUGAGGAGAGGCCUUAGGCGCCAAGCAAGGCGUGGCUCUCGCGGUGGUUCGCGUCAAGGAAGCCGGGGAGCUUCAAGGGCCACUCCCGCGGCGUCACAUGAUGGGCGUGAAGGAGGUUUUUGUGUGAGGAUCUCCAAGUACCUCAAGGAGGCUAGGGCCUUGGGGUGUAAGUCCUUUGACGGCACCGGUGACAUUACCGUUGCCGCCGAUUGGAUAAAGAAGGUGAAGGAUGCGGCAAAGGACAUGCAAAUUUCACCGGACGUGAAGUUGACUGUUGCUUCACGGCUGCUUGAGGGGAUAGCUUCCACGUGGUGGGAGAGUGUGGAAGGAAAAUACCAUGGGGAGGUCUCAUGGUUGAACUUUGAGCAGGAAUUUUAUGACCAAUACUACACUGACUAUGAGAAAAAUGUCAAGCGUAGGGAGUACACCAACCUCAAACAGAAGGAAGGUGUGUCUGUUAAACAGCUGGAGCAAGAUUUUAGAACCUUGGCUAGGUUCUUACCGGAGUACGCGAUCAAUGAGGACCGCAUGUCGGAGCACUUUUGGGAUGCCUUACUCUUGGACAUCCGUGAUCGGGCUACGUACUCACGCCACAUGACCUUUAGCGAGGUGGUGGAGCAGGGCCUUCUUGGGGAGGCUCAAUGGAAUGAGAGAAAAGAAAGAGACGCCGAGGAGGCGAAAAAGAGAAAAUGGCAUAAUUCGGGGCCGCCCGAGCAAGCACGGAAGAAUCACCACGGUGGGGGUGGGGGUACGUUCAAGGCGCCGGCACCACCGGCGAAGAAGAACAAGGAUGCUCGGUGGCACGCAUCCUCCUCUCAAAAUACGGGGCCUCCUAGGUGUGCCAACUGUUCAAAGAACCACUUCGGGAAGUGCAACGCACCCCCGAGGUGUUAUCGGUGUGGGAACACGGGCCACAUGAAGGCCAAUUGCCCACAAUUGGGGGGAGGAGGGGCUCCGGGAUCCGGAGGAGGAACCAUGACGGGAAGAAACCGUGCGGGCCCGUCAAACGGCGGUACGGGAAGAGGCAACGCAUCCACAAGUCAUGCCGCGUCCGUAAACCAAGGCGGGACCCAAGCACGAGUCUACGCGAUGACCGAGGCGGAUGCGAGAGCAAACCCGGACUCCGUUGCAGGUAAUACGCGUAUUCCCAUGUAAUUCUAGGCUUACUUUGAUCAUAUACGUCGUUGGGAUUGAGUGUGGGCCACCCCGGGGUCGAACCGGGUGAGUUAGGCCGAAUCUGGCUGGAAACAGCCACUGCCGGCCAGGCACGCCCUCAGGCACGCCGUGCCUGGAAUCGUGCCUGGAAGGCAGUGGCACCCGAAGAGAAAGAAGGAAAAAAAAAAAAAAAUUUGGGCCAGGCACGGCCGCAGGCACGCCGUGCCUGGCGUCGUGCCUGGGAGGCAGUGGCGAUCCGCGUUUUUCCAGCCCAGACACGAUCGUGCCUAAGGCACGCACGAUCGUGUCUACGGGUCAGUGGCGAUCCGCGUUUUUCCAGCCCAGACACGAUCGUGCCUAAGGCACGCACGAUCGUGUCUGCAGUGCAGUAGCUCCCUGGCUUCCUCCCGAGCCAGGCACGAUCGUGCCUACCCCAGGCACGCCGUGCCUGGCACCCAGAAUGCCAAAAGCCGGGUUUUUAGCACCUUUUCGCGACGUUAAGACCUUUUCUUGAUCAGUAAGGUGGGUGUGAACAUUGUAACCUUCUGUAAAUGAGUAAGGAGAGUAGGAAAGAUGUCUUACAUGGUUCAUGAAUGUAGGGACAUUAAAGAUCAAUGGUAGGUGUGCGAGGAUCCUCAUCGAUACCGGGGCACAACGCUCAUUUGUGAGUGAGGCGUUCGCCGGGGGCCUUGACGUGCCAUUGACACCUAUGACGCAAACGUUGCUAGUCUCCACACCGUUAGGGGACGAUGUGGAGAGAAAUCAUUACUAUCCAUCAUGUGAGGUGGAAGUGACGGGCCAACUUUUGACUUGUGAUUUCGUACCUCUAAGCAUGUUGGAGUUCGAUGCAAUCCUAGGAAUGGAUUGGCUUGAGAAGCACCAUGCUCGAGUAGAUUGCUACACCAAGGUGUUGGAGCUCGAGGAUGAGCAAGGAAACAUGCUAUGUUUUGAAGGAGAUCGGGGGAAAUCUAAUGCUUGUAUCAUAUCCGUGAUGAGAGCACGAAAGAUGAUGAGGAAGGGAUGCCACGCAUACCUUGCUUACGUGGUAGAUGAUACGAAGAAAGAAG